GCCUGCCCUUUUCCAUCGGUUGACCGUCAUCUUUCUUCACGUCCUCUCUCCAUCGUCUUCUACAGCUUAGAGGCUCAGAAGAUGAACGUAGCGCUGUCGAGAAGCUUUCUCUCGGCCAGCAAGCGAGGCUUCGCUUCAAGCGGUUGCAGAAAUGUCACACUAGCCUCACGGACUCUUAAACCUCCAUCUCGCCCAGCCGCAGCCCGACUGCCUAAAACUGCUUCAGCGUUCGCAAGUACUUCAGCUGACUUAGCCGAAGAAGCUCUUGCGGAAAUAUCUUCUUCUGAAGCACCUGCCUCCCAAUCCGAAGUCGAAGCCGCCACUACCAAUGGUAAUGGUAAUGGUACUGUGCCACCAUUAGCGGCGGAUGUGUUUGGAGCUCCUACCGAGCCAGGAGCGACAGAUUGGUCUAAGAGUUAUAGCGGAUUGUCACAACAGGCAUUCCCGAAAGAGGUCGUAGAUGUGUUGCUUGCACCGAUUGAUCCUUUGGAUGUUGAGAUCAAGCCUGAUGGUCUGCUGUAUUUGCCUGAAAUCAAAUAUCGACGAGUGUUGAACAAGGCAUUCGGACCCGGAGGAUGGGGCCUGGCUCCUAGGAGUGAGACUAACGUCGGACCUAAAGUCGUCAGUCGGGAGUAUGCGCUUGUAUGUCUCGGACGAUUGGUAGCAGUCUCCCGAGGUGAACAAGCCUAUUAUGACCGAGACGGAAUCGCGACCGCCACUGAGGCAUGUAAGAGUAACGCUUUGAUGAGGUGUUGCAAGGACCUUGGUGUGGCUUCCGAACUUUGGGACCCACGUUUCAUUCGCGAAUUUAAAGCACAAAAUUGCGUAGAAGUGUUUGCGGAGCACUUGCCCACCAAGAAGAAGAAGAAGCUUUGGAGACGGAAGGACCAGCCGAAGUUUGAUUAUCCUUUCAAGGAGUAGAUCCCCCAGGCCGGUUCUGCUGUUACGGACAGCCUUGCUUAGUGCGCUGCUCCUGUAUUAUACGUUGCUAGACGUCACCUUAGUCAUUGGUUGAUACCUCUGUAUUAUUGGUUGGUAAUAAUCACUACUCCUUUUCCACCCGGUCUAGAAAUUUAGCCCGCCCUGCAGACCUUAGAAAACAAACUCUAGAUCAUAGCUUUCCUU